AUGAACGUGGCUGGACCAGGGAACAGUGGUACCACGCCUAGCAUGUCAAGACCUGGUCCAAAUGCGCCAGCGGGUGCUGAUACAGGACUCCAGCGCAAGCGCACCAACCCACUGGGCGAGCUGAUCGCCACAGAGGUGCGGUACGUACACGAGAUGGGUCUGGCUAUUCGUCGCGUCGCGGCGGCCUGGAAUCCCAGCAACUUUCCGCCGAGGGAAGUGGAUACCAUGUUUCGCAGCCUGGAGGCGGUCCUCCGGACGAACACGGAAUUCUUGCGCUCUCUCCAGGAGAUCGGCCCGAAUCCGGCGUCGCCCAAGGGGCUGGGCAAUCUGCUGAUGCACUGGGUCGACAAGCUGCAGCCGCCCUACUGGCAGUAUCUUGCCUCGUAUGUGCCCAACCUGAGCGAGCUGCCGCCGGUCCAGGCUAACACCGAGCUGGCGGCCAUCCUUACGCAGCUGUCCAGGGAGGUGCCGAGGACCGCGGCGGAGCCGACCUGGACCCUGGACGACUUUUUCGAACUGCCGCUCCUGCGCCUCCGGUUCUACAAGAAACUCUACAGUCGCCUGCUGCGCAGCACACAGCCUGGCCGCUCCGAUCACGAGCUGCUCGCGAAUGCGAAUAAGAAGCUCGACAUGCUCGUGGAGCGCGCCCAGCAGUGCAAGGAAGCGAAGGGGCCCGUUCGCGAGCAGGACCUCUGGAUGGGGUUCCGUCGCACGCAGCCGGCGGUGCAGCGCCGCCGCUCUAUGUCCCGCCAGGACAGUCAGCCCCGUCCGUGCCCGUGCCUCGCGCGCCUGUAUCGCCGGCUGGCCCAGCGCCUGGGCCUACGGGCGCCCCCAUGA